CUGUGCUUUGCGUACUGCUAACCCGCUGCAUAGGCGAGAUUAUUAGGUGAGAACUGCCGAACGAUUAUUUCGCAUCGCCUUGCGGGGCACUCAGCUAUCAGCUCCAGCAUAAGCUGACGCGACCCCUGUGCCGCUUCACCACUGGCCACAAUACAAUUUCCUGCAGAUUCAGAAGUACACGCUGACGUCCCGAGGAUGCGGCGAGGCUAGCGACACAUCUUCAAAACCCCAGGGCACCCCGCUUCCUAAAGUCUGCAAAACUAAGGGGCCAAGGUCCGUCUUAGCGAAGCAACACCCGCAACUUCUCUCGCCGCCUUCCAUUUCAACUUCCCAUCAACUGCGGCCGAAGAUCAAGCCUCCAUUAUGUCUGAUAUUCCUGUUCUCGUCAUAGGAGGCUGUGGAUUCAUCGGGUACCAUGUCGUCAAAGCACUUCUCGCAGAGAAAGGUCCCGUCUUCUCUGUCCAUGUCAUGGGCCGAAACAUAAAUAAAAGCCAGCUUCCAAGAGCAGGGUACCACACAGGGGACUUCACUUCUGAAAAGGACGUCGCAUCAAUCCUCGAGGCUGUCCAACCUGUCGUUAUCUUCCAUGUCGCAUCACCAGUACCCAGCGGAAACGGCAGCAGCGACAAGUUUUAUUUUGACACUAACGUCGAGGGAACAAAAACCUUGCUGCGGGUCGCAGCUACGUGCGAGAGCGUUAAGGCGUUCGUGUAUACCUCUAGCUCUGGGGUAUUGGUCGGCGACAGCUAUGAUAACGGAGAUGAGACCUGGCCGAUAAAGACAUCAAAGACGCGCAACAGCAACGCAUAUGCAACAUCCAAAGCCAUCGCUGAUCAACUAGUUCAAGAUCAUAAUGGCAAACCUUUUCUGACCACUUGCCUCCGUGUAUGCGCCGUGUAUGGAGAGCGAGACAGUCAAACGAUACCCGCAAUGAUGAAGAUAAUGAAAGAAGGCAAACAUCGCAUCCAAAUAGGAGACAACACCGCAAAAUCCGACCGUACAUCCGGCGAGAACGCAGCUCUCGCUCACGUCCUUGCUGCUAAAGCUCUUCUCGCAAAAAUCAACAACCCAGAUGUUUAUCGUCCAAAAGUUGACGGAGAGGCCUUCUUCAUCACAGAUGGGAGACCGAUGCCAACGUGGGACUUCGCACGCAUCGUUUGGAGGGCAGCAGGCGACCAUACACCGCCGGAGCAGAUCAAGGUCAUCCCAGCCUGGUUUAUACUCAAUCUUGCCAGCUUGACGGAGUGGGCGUAUUGGAUUUUUACGCUUGGGUACAAGAGGCCGACGGCGUUUCGGCGGAUGUUGAUUGAGACGACGUGUGUGGAGAGGACAUUCUCGAUUCAGAAGGCGAAGGAGAGGCUGGGGUACAAGCCGAUGGAUAAUAUGGAUGAUGCGAUAAAGAGAGGACUUGCGUUUAUCAGGCAGCAGGAGGCGGAGGAGGAGUUGAAGAGGAAACAGAAAUUGCGUGACAGAGAAGAGAGUUCAUGACAGCUAGAGUCAGAACUUGUCUCUAGAACACUUGCAGCACGGAUAUUUGCUCGGACAGACAGAAAUUAAAAGUGACAAGUUAGACUGUGUUGGGUCCGUAGUAAAUUGAGCGUU